AUGGACGCGAACGUGCCGGCAGCAUUUCUGGCGAGCCUUGUCGGCAGCACCGUGCACGUCAAGAGCAAGUGGGGCCCCGUGUAUGUUGGCACGCUGGUCAGCUGUGACCCCUACAUGAACCUCCAACUUCGGGACACAGUGGAGAAGGCGAAGCAGGAGACAGAGCUCGGUGAGAUGCUGCUGCGCUGCAAUAACGUUCUGUACAUCCGUGAGGCACCGCGAGAGUAA